AUGCAUCUCCGGGUCUCGAGUCGCACAGGCCAUGGCUCGGAACAGCGGUCUUCGGUGGGCGGACGACUUCUUCGCAGACCACUAACCCCGGCAGCCCAUGAUCAUGUUGGCUGCACCAGUUAG